UCCCGGAAGUGACGCAGAAUAGAGGUGCUGCUCCAUCUGCAGACAUGGCGUCCGGUACCGGUGCUGCGGACGGGAAAUGGAAAGUGGUGAAAAAAGGGAAAAAGAACGAGAGGAAAGCCCUGGGAGAGAGUAACAUCACCGCCGGGGUUGCAAUUAAGACAUCAACUACGUUGUAUGAAAUGGGGUUUGAGAAAAUCCUGAAGAAACAAAACAAAGAACAGGUCCCUCCAAAUAUCAGCACUGAGCCAGCACCACAGAAAAAGCAGCAAGGCAGCAAGACCACCAAAAAAGCACAGAGUCCUGUCAUGAGUUCUGCACACAGGAAAUUCAACACUCUGGAGGAGGCUUUGAAAGCGCUUGAUGUGUCCGCACUACAGCGAGAGUUAGAAAACAGCCAGAAUUUGUUUCCUGAGACCCCAUCUAUUUGGUUGAAGGAUCUUGCCGGAUACCUGAAUGACAAGCUGCAGGCACCAAGAAGUGAGCCAACACUGAGCCUGCAUUCUCACGCAUACUUUAUAUUGUCACUGAAUACCACUAACUUUUAUUUCAUUUUAAUAGACUGUAUCCAUUUUACGGUUUGUAUUUUUUGCAGCCAACAGUCACAGCUGCGAGACUUGUACCCGAGACUGAAAGUCCUGGCAUUUGGCGCCACACCAGAGAGCACUCUUCAUACUUACUUCCCGUCAUUCCUUUCUAGAGCCACCCCAAACUGUCCAACAGACAUGAAGAAAGAGCUGCUGCGGAGUCUCAGUGAGUGUCUAAACCUUGAUGCACUGAGCUUCAAUGUGUGGCGCCAGUUAUAUGCCAAGCACUUACCGCAGUCCUAUCUCCUUUUACAACAUCUUGUUGAUACCUGGGACACGUCCUCAAAAACAAUGCGAAAAUCUCUGCAAGAGACUGUUCAGUCCUUUAACGUUACAAAUGGAGAAUUUUCUGCAAAAGGUCACAAUGUGAGAGAUAUUGAAACUUGUGAAGAAACUUGCCAGGCUCUCACACAGAAGAUGAAGGGUCGUGGAAUUCCUUGGUUUCGAAUCUUCCUUGUAGCACUUGUAUUUAUAUCGGGUUUUAUGAUCCAUGAUAUUAGGACACACGGAAGCUUUGAAGCAUCUUCAUCGGCAAAACUGCUCCACCAGUCUCGCCUCCUGCCUGUUAUCCAGCUGGCGUGGAGCAAAACGUCACAUGUAUGCCAGCAAGGCCAUAGCUGGUUAGAGGCACACGUCCCUCUGUAUUACUCUCAAGCAGUUGAAGUGUUGGGGCCGCACCUUGAGCUGCUUUGGGUAAAAUUCAAGGAAGGAGCCGUAUACAUGUCUGGAAAAUGCUCAUCGUUCAUUAACUUUGUCGUUGACAAUUUGCCGUGGUUUAUUGAAUGGGUCCAGUCACGGAUCCCAGACUCUCUGUAUCAGCUCAUUGAGUAUCUGCGAGAGCUGUUACUCUAUCUCCAUCGAAGUUACCUGCUCCCAGCCGUGGGCUACACAGAGGAAACCCUUCACAGAGCAUGGCAGCAAUAUGUCGAUUCAUGCAAUGGUGAAGUGUCUUGGAAUUGUUUAACGGGCCACGUGAGCCGCAUCACCCAUUCAUCCUGGGCGUAUUUGCUGAAGGCUACAUUGGCAGUUAAAAACUGGGCUCUGGCAAUGAUAGCUGGGUCCUAAAGACACGUGGAUGACAUUGAUUCAGGAAUGCCCCUGGGAUGAUCUUAAAACUGUAUGAAUGAGGGGGAAUACAAAUUCUGUGUGAUUGGCUCUCUGAUGAUCAAAACUGAGCCCCAGCUGGAGGGACCACAAAGGGUCUUUAUCUGUUCUCUGUGUAUAUUCUAGAGCUAAUUCAGUGAACACCUGCCGCUUUUGCCUCUGUUUAAAUGAGUUCCUGGGGAUUAACCUGUGUUCAAGCAUUGUCCGGGGCUCUUUGUACAGGACCCUGGAAAGUAUUACCAAGUGUAUGGUGGAAACCCUCUCCCUGUGACUAAACCUGUGGACCUGAUCUCGAGAUCUCCCAAAUACCAGCAACUUGCCAUGAACCCAAAGCGUGGAUUCUAGUAUGGCUCGGAAUAAAAUGCUAAGUUUGUUGGCGAUUGUCAAAGGGUAUGUUGGUUGGCCCCAGCAGCCACUGAUUUUGUUUUUAACCAAAUAAAGAACUUUUUCCCCAAA